AUGGAUUGUUUGAUAUGCAUCCAUUACCGCAAGAUUGAGCACCUGCUUUGGCCAAAUCGUAGGAUUGAGGAUCGCAACGAGGAUCGCAACGAGGAUCGCAACGAGGAUCGCAACGAGGAUCGCAACGAAGAUCGCAAAGAGGAUCGCGAAGAGGAUUGGAAAGAGGAUUGCAAAGAGGAUCGCAACGAGGAUCGCAAAGAGGAUUGCAAAGAGGAUUGGAAAGAGGAUUGGAAAGAGGAUUGGAAAGAGGAUUAG